UUGGCAGCUAACUCACAAUGACACUCAACUUGGAAACACCUUUUGUAACCCUUUUUGUCCCUCCUUCUUUUUGUCAAAUCAUUUUUAUCAGCCUUUUUAAGUGUAGGAAACACUGUAACUUCCAAGCAAAAAAAACUUGGACACUCAACUUGGGCUGCCCGGGACAAAGACAAGGCCAGUCUGAUUGCUGCAUCUGUUCGAGCACGAGCGAAAGAUACACAUCGAUUCCGGUGCGAUGACUGUGACCAUAACGCUGCUACACAAUGUGCGCUUAAUUAUCACAACCAAAGUAUUGCUCGUGCUGAGGCUGUUGAGAGUGAGGUGAAGAUGUUGAAUUUACUAUCAGCAGGCACAAUGAAUCGAAGAGCAUCUCGUGCUGCCGCCCUUGAAAUUCGAGCUCAAUGUUGCAAGACAUGCGACAGAAUCUUCGAUAGUAACCCUUCACUUCAGAGGCACUCCAAUAGCAAAUCAUACGCAAAGCAAACUCUCGUGAGCAGUACUACAUGGUAG